AUGUCUAAAACGAAGAUUUUAACAAAGCAAGUUCAAGCCAUUGAAUUGAAUAUUGCCGAUGCUUUGGAAGAAAAGCUAAAUCUCCAAAUAGAAGCUGCUGUUAUGUUUAGUGCUCAACAUGGUGUCAAUGCUGAAACGGAGUUUGCUAAGUACCACAGGAAGAGAGUGGCACCACGCAGAAUUGAUGAUACGCCUGAAAACACUGUUCAUUUUGGGUUGCAAACGUCUUACAGAAAAGAGUUCCUGUAAGUGCUUGACGCCCAAAUACUAUUGCUUGAAGAUAACUUGAAAGUGGCCUUUAAGAUCAUAAAGCCACCGUAUAUAACGAAAGUAAAAUUAUUUCCAGAGAUGUGUUGUCGCUGAUUGACUUGUUUCCAGCCAAUGCCAAAGCGGACGAAGCUUCACUUGAAGUUGAAUUACAAGUUUUUCGAAAUCAUUGUUUGGCGUCAAAACAAGGCAUUGCUACCAUUAACGAUGCUUUGAAUUAUUGUUCGAAAUUCAAAGAACUGUUUCCACUCACAUUGCGGUGCUAA